AUGCAAUUACCCACAUAUUUAGCCUUUAUUCUUCUUGGUUAUGUUCUAAACUUUCAAUGUACACCUGUAUCACAAUCUUUUGACCCUGUGCAAAAUGAAUUUGCUUAUAAUCCUGAACGAAAUGAUGGACUUGACGGAGGUGAUAUGGUUCAUCUACGAUUUGUCACAUCACCAACGGGUCGUGGAGUAGCAAUAAGACCAGCAGCAUAUCAUCGAUGGACAGGUGGUGUAGUACCCUAUGAAUUGGCUUCAAAUAUUACUGCCAAUAACUCUAUUUUUAUUGUUAAUAUGAUGAGACAAAUGGAAAAUCUUACAAAAGUCAAUAAUACACAAUGUAUAUCAUUUCGUCCAAGAAAUGCAUCCGAUUUGUACUAUAUUACAAUUUUUAAUGGAUCUGGUUGUUAUGCACCAGUUGGAUCUUGGGGUAGUUAUGUUGGUACUCGUCCUGUUUCAUUGAUGCAUGGAACAUAUUCUACUUGUAUGGUUUCAGGAAUUAUUCAACACGAAUUAACACAUGUCUUAGGUUUUUAUCAUGAACAAUCACGACCUGAUCGAGAUUCGUAUGUUUCUAUUCAAUGGAGUAAUAUUCUAUCCGCUAAUGCAUUCAAUUUCGAUAAAUACAAUGACACACAAGUUGAUACUCAAAUGACAUCAUAUGAUUAUGGAUCAGUUAUGCAUUACGAACGUACUGCAUUUGCUAUUAAUAGUAGUCUACCAACAAUUAUACCAACACAAAAUACUAGUGCAUUCAUUGGACAACGAGUUCAAUUAAGUUCAAUUGAUAUUCUUGAAAUUCAACGUUAUUAUGGUUGUGUUUCUACACCAUCCAAUACAGAUACGUCUACAGUUACAAGUACUGCUGCUUCUACAGUGUUAACAACAACUGUCACUGCUACAGGUACGACUAGUGUUAUGUUAACAACAAAUGUCACUACUACAGGUACGACUAGUGUUAUGUUAACGACAUUGGUUACAAUCGCAAGUGCAACAGUGACAAAUACAAGUGUUCGCAAUCCCUUUCAAUCAUAUUUUGAAAUAUAUUUUAUCUGUUUGGCAUUAAUUAUUUAUUUUUCGAACCAAGUUCACUAA